UCAUCUCUAAACCCUAAUAAGCCCUAAACCCUAGAAAAAUGGCGAUUUGCAUCAGACGCGGUGCUCUCUCCUCUCGAAUGCUUCUCUACCUUCGAUCCCCGCGCCAUUUCAGUAAUCUCUCGCACUUGUCUUAUCUCAUCUCCGAUCGAUCGACAUCUGAAGCGCCUUUGUUUGGAUAUCGACGAGGUUCUGAUGGCCUUCGAUGUGAUCCAUUCUUCUUCGUGAAUCGAAGAGGUUUUGCUAAAGGAAAGAAAUCGAAAAAGGAGGAUGAUGGAGAUACGAUUCAAGCUGUCCCAGACAUGGGACCUGUGAAGUCAACUGCUCUUUCACAGAUGGAGGAUGCAAUAACUGCUUUAUCAAGGGAAUUAGCUAAACUUAGAACUGGCAGAGCAUCUGCAGGGAUGCUCGAUCAUGUUACUGUAGAGACAAAUAGUGGAAAGCUGUCCCUUAAUCAUGUCGCUGUUGUUUCAGUCCUAGAUGCUCAGACUCUCUCGGUGAUGCCUUAUGAUCCAAAUGCUUUGAAGACAAUAGAACGUGCAAUCAUAUCAUCCCCACUAGGUCUAAAUCCUAAAGCUGAUGGUGAACGACUAAUUGCUGCUAUCCCUCCACUGACCAAGGAGAACAUAGAGGCGCUCUGUAAGGUGGUAACAAAAUCUGCUGAGGAGGUUAAGCAGAGUAUCAGAAGAGCACGACAAAAGGCGCUAGAUUCCAUAAAGAAAGCAGCAUCAGCAAUGCCUAAAGAUGAUGUGAAGAGGCUGGAAAAAGAAAUUGAAGAGAUGACAAAAAAGUUUGUCAAAUCUGCAGAGGAUAUAUGCAGAGCAAAGGAGAAAGAGAUAGGUGGGAAAUGAGCUGCAGUUGGGACUUGUUUCUAAUGUGAUGUGUAUUGUAGAAUGCAUCAUUUACAGCUAUAUUAUCGGAUCGGCCUGAGUUAGACAGUUUCCAGGUUCGUUCACUUAUGAGCAGAACCUGGUAAAUGAUUCAUGUUGUGCUGGAAUAAAUAGCUUUAUCCUAGUUUUUUGAUACGAAUCUUUGAGUACUGCGAAUUCGAUAGCUCUGUAUAGAUGGUACUGUGACAUGUUGAUUUUUGAGAUGUCGUUAGAGACGUGCGGCAUUUUCUGCACAAUCCGAUCCUAAAGGCCUUAAUUAUCAGGUUGGUAUUUUUAUUUGGAUUAAGUUUACAAUA